AUGAAAACAUUAGCAAGACUCGUUCUGGGACUUGUCAUCUUGGAUGCUGCUGUGGCUGCCCCAACUCUAGAAUCCAUCAACUAUGACUCAGAAACCUAUGAUGCCACCUUAGAAGACCUGGAUAAUCUAUACAACUAUGAAAACAUACCAAUGGGUCAAGCUGAGAUUGAAAUAGCGACAGCGAUACCUUGGGGGAACAGAGAGCUCCGCACCCCGCCACCACAGCCAAAGGAGGCUGAAGAGGAAGAGGAAGAGGAGUCCACCCCCAGGCUGAUUGAUGGCUCUUCUCCACAGGAGCCUGAAUUCCCUGGGGUUCUGGGCCCACACACCAAUGAAGACUUUCCAACCUGCCUUCUGUGUACUUGUAUAAGUACCACUGUAUACUGUGAUGACCAUGAACUUGAUGCUAUUCCUCCGCUGCCCAAGAACACUGCUUAUUUCUAUUCCCGCUUUAACAGAAUUAAAAAGAUCAACAGAAACGAUUUUGCAAGCCUAAAUGAUCUAAGAAGGAUUGAUCUGACAUCAAAUUUAAUAUCUGAGAUUGAUGAAGAUGCAUUCAGAAAGCUGCCUCAACUCCGAGAGCUCGUCCUGCGUGACAACAAGAUAAGGCAGCUCCCAGAAUUGCCAACCACUUUAACAUUUAUUGAUAUUAGCAACAAUAGACUUGGAAGGAAAGGAAUAAAGCAAGAAGCCUUUAAAGAUAUGUAUGAUCUCCAUCAUCUCUACCUCUCCGAUAACAACCUGGAACACAUCCCUCUGCCACUCCCAGAAAAUCUACGGGCACUUCACCUCCAGAAUAACAACAUUCUGGAGAUGCGUGAAGAUACCUUCUGCAAUAUUAAAAAUUUGACUUAUAUUCGUAAGGCAUUAGAGGAUAUUCGAUUGGAUGGAAACCCUAUCAAUCUCAGCAAAACUCCUCAAGCCUACAUAUGCCUACCUCGUUUGCCUAUUGGGAAUCUUGUCUAA